UAUGAUUGUGUCAAGAUUAACGCCUUUGAUACUUCGCGAUCGAUGACGUCAUGUAAUUUUAAGUUGUUUAGAAGUAUCGUGUUAUUUCACAAAAGUGAGAGGACAGAUCUUAAGUUAAUCACAUGAGACGCUAGGCUGUGAGGAGUUGUGGCCAUGGUAAUUAGACAUUUAUACAUGUUUGAUUCAGUAAUUCAAGAACUAGGUGGAUGGUUGAUUUAAAAUUAGAAAAUGCGAAAUAAUUGCUCCCGCACAUUAUACACGUGCCGACUCAGCCCUUCAAGGGAAUAUUAGUCUGCUUUUUUAAGCUCUUCUAUCGUCAAUGUUAUUGGGCGUAGACCUUCGAACGGCAGCAACAGCACGGUUGUGACCAACAAGCUGGAGAUGUCAGGGAUGAAACUAGGACUGUUCACGACGCCACUACUAGUAUUCACUGUUCUAUCAGUCCCAUCGUCUCCAUUAACCAUUACUGAAACAUCUGAGGGGUGUCACCGCAUAUUGUAUUGUCAAGAGACCAAGGACAAUGAUACAGUUCUGUGGUACAAGAACAACCUGGAGAUAAUGGAGACAUCCAAAGACAGUUAUGGCUCUAAUUCCAGCGUGUCACUCCGUGAUGUCCAGGAUGGUACAACACUCGCUAAUGUGAGUGUGUCGGAGAAGCGACACAGUUUAACACUAAUGGUGUCCUUGCUCUUUGGUAAAUCUGUAUGGAGAUGUGAAACAGUGCACGGAGUUAGCGAAAAUCUUACUCUCGAUGUCACAGGUCUUACGAAAGAAUCCGGUAUACAGUACAACUUGACAUCAGCACCAGCGACGGCUGUAGAAGGAAAUCCUUUUAAGCUGUCGUGUAUACACGCUUCUGGCUUAACUCUAACAACAGCCUUGUGGUAUAGGAAUUGUGUUGAAAUAUUCCAAACAAACGGAAAUUUGAACAAGAACCAAAUGCUUUCUACAAACUAUCACAACAUCGAGUUCCGCUCAGUUUCACAGAGAGUUACUGUGGAGUCAGAUCGGACACGACAUAGAGUGACUCUCAUCAUCAACUCUACACUGGAUGAAGGGUCUGUAUGGACGUGUGGCACCGGACAAACUGUUAGUAACAGCAUCACUGUUAUACUUAUGGAGCCUAUCACUGAGGAAAGUAGUACGCCAACAUCAUCAACAGACCGUCAGACAACAGACCGUCAGACAACAAGUCGUCAGACAACAAGUCGUCAGACAACAAGGGCCGUUAUGGAUACUGUUACGAAAGAUGAUAGACCAUCAGCUCAAGGUGAACCCCUUAUCUACGCAAUUGCUGGAUCGGCAGGGGGUUUCCUGCUUCUUGUGUGCAUCUUGAUCAUCGCCUGUAUCAGCAGGAGAAGGUCGAGGGGUGGGUACAUACUCAAUUUUGCAUGAUACCCAUUUGACAAAAUGGUCACAUCACAGACUUUCUGAUACUGUAUUGAACACGACGUUAAAGCCAGCUCACCUCAACUCGCCUCUGAUACUGUGAAAAGAAUUGGUUCUGGACCAACACAUCCUACAUCCUACACAUCAAAUAAUUCCACUACCACUACUACCACCACUACUACUACUACCACUGCUACUACCACUACUACUACUAC